AUGGAACCCAAACCUCGGAAGAGUCCAGGCAAACAAUUUACAUAUUAUUAUGAAAAUGAAGUCUGCAAACAAGAUUACUUUAUUAAAUCACCACCUCCUCAGCUUUUCUCCUCAGCACCUUCUUGGAAAAAGAGGUUUUUUGUUCUGUCAAGGAGUGGAGAGAAGGGCUUUAGUCUUUCCUAUUACAAAGAUCAUCAUCACCGAGGUUCCAUUCAAAUCGACGGAAAUUCCAGUGUAGACGUUGGCAUAAGUAGCCAUGAGAAAAUGCGAUCCGUACAGAAGAUGUUUAAGUGCCACCCCGAUGAGGUGAUGUCCAUCAGGACCACUGGCAGAGAGUACUUCCUCAUCGGCAGCGACAGGGAGAAGAUUAAAGACUGGGUCUCGUUCAUGUCAUCAUUCUGCCGGGAUCUGAAAGCAGCACGCCAGAAUGCAGAGGAGACACUCUCAUUGGCUGCUAAAAGGCCCUCUUCAGACCCCAGCCCUCUCCUUGGUUAUUCCAGCACAUCGGAGACCAUCGGCUCCACCACAUCCAGAAAUACUCUUCCAGACAUGCAUUUAAUGGAAACAAGUUCUCCAGGACUCAGACAAGCUCAUCUACUACAUGACUUCUUGCCAGAGACCACUCAAGAUACGGAAGAAGAGAGUCAUUAUAUUAGUCCUCGAAGUAUUCUUUUAGAGUUGGAUAAUAUCAUUGCUUCCUGUGAAUCUGGUGAACCCAUUGAACUUGGUAAUCCAGAUCAGGUCUCUGAAAGACUUGAGCAUCAUUACAUGUCAAUGAAAUCCUGUUUGUUCAAAGAGACAGCCGAUGAGUCUGCUAAUAGCAAAGUGGAAUCCCAGGCCCUUCCAGAGACCCCGAACAGGGUGCUUCAUCUGCAAGAACAAGGUUCCAGGAGUGACUCUUGCCUUCCACCUGCCAAAACGGAAGCCCAGACCAUGAAUGGCAAAAAGGGGUCGACCUCACUAACUGUUGUGCAAUUGUCCAUAUUAAUCAAUAACAUUCCUGAUGAAAGCCACGUGGAGAGACUGAAUGUGUUCCUUUCUCCUCUUGAUGUCACCAAUUAUCUGGAUCUCACAGAAGCCGCAGGACUGAUAUGUGUGGCUGCGUGGAAGGGACCCCCACGCCUGGGGUGCUUAUUUUUUCACGGAGACCACCUUUUGGCCGUGAAUGACCUAAAGCCCCACAGCCUGGACGAGGUCUCCUUGUUUCUCAGCCGGUCCAUCCAGAAGGAGAAAGUAAAACUCACCAUAGGCCGGAUCCCAAAUUCCGAGAAAUUCCACGCUAUAGACUGUACAUGCGCCUUAAAAUACCAAGACGUUGUACCUUUUGAAUUGGGGAAGUCUAAGCCGGAGAGGACACUGAAGAGGAGCCCAGCCAUUAGAAAGGGUCAUCAGAAGAGAACUGGAGAGUAACAUGUGGGACCCACCCAGGGGGUGAGGAUAGGACCCGGACUCCGUACUGGACUCUGCCACCUAUCGCUGUGUGAUGCGAGGCAAGUCAGCACACCUCUCUGAAUUCCCACAUCUGCCUCUUCACAAUGGGACUCACGACGCCCUCGCUGGCAAUUGCAUCAGGGAUGUGAAGAGGGCCAAGUGGGAUAAAGACUACGGAACACAGUGAAAAUAGAAGGCCUUAUCUCAGACUUCGUUCCAAACAGCACAGACAGAGAUUGGGUAAUUCCCUCACUGAGAAUGUGCUGUGCGCUCGGUGAGGUCACGGUCCACACAAUCCCUUCUUUGUUAGGGAACGUGCUGUUGGAAAUACUCAUUCCGGGAAGGCAAGAUUCCCGAGAGAGAUGUGAUAUCAUUCAGCCUUCCCAACACCUCCUGCUACUCAUCAUGCCUGUGGUCCAGAA